CAGAGGUUUCAGUAUUUAAAUGCAGCAACUUUCCGCUAAAUCUUCACACUUCCUUCAGCUUCUUCGGAGAGCUUUUAUUCUGAGGAGUCACCAAGGGUGUUAAUUACAAACAUGAAGACCAUAAUUUUGCUCACCUGCCUCUUUGGCAGCAUCUUUGCAGCACCAAUGCAGCCUCUUUAUGAGUUUCUGCCACAGGUGGAGACACCCCAGCAAACUGCUCCAUAUCGUCAGCAACCCCAACAGCAGAACAAUCCUUAUGCUCCACCAUCACAGACACCCCAGCAGCAAGGACCUACCCGGCCUGCAAGCUUUGAGAUUCUCUUUCCUUAUGGAUACUCAAGACCGUCUUUCGGAGGUCCUGAGCAUGCUGGGGCAAUGUUCCCUUCCCAGGCAUUUAUCAGACAGAAGAUCCCCCAGCCCGCUGGUAGACAGAGCAUUGAAAUUCUCUUCCCCUACAGCUUUGGACAGCACCAGCAGAUGUUCCCAGGAGCCUCCAACAUGCCUCAGCCACCUCAGAUGCCCCAGCAACCUCAGCUGCCACAGCUACCCCAGCAACCCAAUAUGUUCCCAUAUGGAAAUAUGCCCCAGACAGGAGGACCACAGCAGAACCCGAAUGUGUUCCAUGGCUUUGGAAACGUGCCACCAAAUUUGUUCCCCUCCUUCGGAAACCUGCCACACCUGCCCCCUAACUUUAUUCCAAAUUUCGGAAUACCCCAGCCUGUCCCUCAGGAGCCAACCCAGCCUGUCCAGCCCGUCCAGCCUGUCCAGCCUGUCCAGCCCGUCCAGCCUGUCCAGCCAAGUCAGAAUACCCCCGUUGAGGAACAGGAUUAAUACCACGGUGUCUUGACCGAUAUGCUGCGAAGCUGGUCUUCCGACUGAUUCAAGAUGUUGAAGUGCUUCUACUCGUCUGGCGCGUACACAUCCUCGGCUCGACCUCGUAUUUUCUUUUCCUCUUGAUAAUGAUUCAAGUAGAAAAAGAAGAAUAUUGAUAAGCAGCCUAGAGCGUCACUGCGUAUUUGUUCUGCUUUUAGAAUUUAGCUCUCUGUUUAAAAAAAAAUAAUGUGACUGCUCCUUUUACACGUAUGUAACUUUAGAAAUGUGACUGAAACAGGAAGUAGUAAGAUCUGGAAAGCAUGGUCGUUUAUAAACGCGCUGAUUAACAUUAAUUUCUUCAGGCUUAUUUAAUGCUUUUGUGACGAACAUUAUGUAUAUGUGAGCAAUAGUGCAAAAGCAAAUGCGGUCGUUAUUUUUUCCAUCAUGGUGUGUUAAAUGUGAUAAUAGAAAUGUCCAGCUAUUUAAAAAUGUUUUUAAGCUGUUUGAAAAAUAUGAUGUGCCUAGAAAUAAAGUUUAAGUCCAUCAAAAA